AUGGAAGCUCGCUCGAUCACAGGAGAAAGCUCGGAUGCGAUAGUGAUGGAUGAAUCUCCGACAGAUGAAAGGGGAAUUCAGGAGCCUUGCCAGAGCGAGAUCCCGGCGGUGUCUCUGUGCCCUCCCGACGGCGAGUGUCCAGCCGAGGCCCGGUUGACAGUCAUCCAGUCUGAAGGGGAGCUGUGUGACAGCGGCAGCAGCCUCAGCAGACCCUCCUCAUCCUGCCAGAUUAAUCACCAAGUACCCCACUGUCCCUGGGCCGGGGCCUGCAAUUCGCCACGUCUACGAAAAUGUCCCCACUGCAGCCGUUACGGUCCAAUCAAGCCGAACACCUGCCGCGACAGUCAUGCAAACACGACCGGUCGUCCUCACGCCGAAGGAGGCGGCGCGGCGAAAGCGGCCCGCGGUCGCACUUCGGCCCACCAGACGUCUCGUCCUGGCGAGGUGAGAUGUCAUUGGCUGCGAGGGUCAAAUGAGAGCCGGACGCAGAAACCGACGCAGCGGCGUGAGGCGGCACUAAGGGACAGAGGACUCUACUGCAUCCUGAGAAAUUAUUCCCAGGUGUUAGUGGACUACCCGUUAGCAGUGUUGGUGGGUUGUGCCGUGCUGCUGCUGGGAUGCUCACUAGCUGGACUCCUCAUUGGUCCACUGCCGGACUUCUCUGACCCGCUGCUGGGCUUUGAGCCACGGGGAACAUACAUCGGAGUUCGCCAGUCCAGCUUGUCUGAGCUGCAGGAGAACACCGGCCCGGGGAGGGAACUGUCUCCUUUACCGCAGCAGCUCAGUAGAAGUUCUGGGGGUGCUGUCAGCGGAGACAGCAGUGGCAGCCAUGACGCCUCCAGGCUUCGCGUCAAGAGGAUGCUGGCCAGAGACUCGUCUCCGGACUCGUUCCUCUGCGAUGCUCCAGGCGGCGGUUUGGCUCAGCUGGUGUUUCGGUCAGAAAAUUCCGCCAGCCUCUGGAGUCUGAGGGCCAUCCACGCCAUGUGUGAGAUGGAGCAGUCCAGGAUUCGCUCCCAGGCUCAGUUCCAGGACUUGUGCCAGCAGCACGUGAGGGGGGAGGCCGAGGGAACGUCCAGGAGCGGCUGUUGUCCAAGCGGGUCUCUGGGGAACUACUUGGCUCUCCUCACUAACGCCUCCUGCUGCCUCAGUCUCACCUCACACCAGGUGUCUGAUUCUUUGACCCUCCUCCGGAAAUGUGGUCCCUACUAUCACGAGGGACGUCUCGUGGAAGCUUGUGUGGACAGACCCAAACACGGCGGCUGCUCCUCCGUCCCGCCCCGCUGUAAACAAUCCCGCGUGGUGUUCCAAAUCCUGCACUUCCUGGUGGAUAAAGACUUCCUCAGCCCGCAGACCGUUGAAUACCAGAUCCCGACGCUGAAGUACAGCCUCCUGUUCUUACCCGUCGACAAAGGAGAACACAUGAUGGAGAUAUACAUGAGCAGUCUGGAGGGCAGAGAGCUGAGGCACAACAACACCACGAUCACGGGCAUGGACCUUGGCCUCAAGCAGAGGCUCUUCAAGUAUUACCUGGCGAGAGAUUCAAUCUACCCUGUGCUCGCCGUGGCCUGUCUGCUUUUCACGAUGGCUCUUUAUCUCCACUCUCUCUUCAUCGUGGCGUUAUCUGCGAUCGCAGUCACAGGCUCCCUCCUGACCUCCUAUUUCCUCUACAAAGUCGCUUUCCGGCUGACGUUCUUCCCGCUGGUCAACCUCUCGGCCGCUCUCGUCCUCCUGGGAAGCUGCUCCAAUCAGGUGUUCAUCUUCGCCGAUUUCUGGAAUCUGCAGCGAUCCCAGAAUCCGUCGGCCUCCCUCGAGAGGAGAGUGAACAGAGCCCUGCAGGAAGUCGGCCAUUUGAUUUUCGCGUCGGGGUUGACCUCCAGCGCGGCGUUCUUCUCCGGUUAUCUCAGCAGCAUCACGGUGAUCAGAUGCUUCUCCGUUUAUCUGGGAACGGCCUCGUUCAUCAACUCGGCCGCGGCGUUAGUUUGGCUGCCGUGCUCCUUCGUUCUGCGCGAGCGCCACAUCGACGCCGCCGCCGCCGCGGAGGCGGCGCAGGGAUGGAAACCGUGCUGCUCCAAACACGGCGGCGGCUUCUGGGACACGAGCUUGCGCAAGAGAUGCCUCUUCGCUCUCGGGCAGAAGCUGAGAGAAUUGAAAAAAGGUCUCGGUGACACUUCGAAUUUGUUGUUUCUGAAAGUCCUACCCUGUGGCGUGGUGAAGUUUCGGUACAUCUGGGUGUGCUGGUUUGCCGUGCUGGCCGCCGGGGGCGUGUACAUGUCCUGCAUUGACCCGGGCAUGACGCUGCCCACCUUGGACAGCAGGGUCGCUCAGCUCUUCCGCUCCAAUCACCCGUUCGAAAGAUACGACGCAGAGUAUCGCCACAUGUUUAUGUUCGAGAGACAGCGGAACGGAGAGGAGAAACCCGUCGAGCUGAGACUCGUUUGGGGUGUCGAACCGACUGAUAACGGGGAUCACUUCAACCCCAAGAGCAACGGCUCUUUGGUUUAUGACCCAGAGUUCAACAUGAGCCAGCCACAGGCUCAGGUUUGGUUGAGGGAUUUAUGUGCACGGGUUCAGAACCAAAGCUUUUAUUCCACUCCGUCACCUGAGGAUAACGACGUUAUGACGGACAAUAUCUGUCUUGUGGAGCAGCUCACACAAUGGGUGACAGUCAGACGGUGCUCAGAGAGCGAUGACUCCCUCCCCUUUUGUUGUGAUGACAUCCCUUUCCCUUACCCUCCAAGCGUUUUUGAGACUUGCCUCAGUAUGAUGCUGGUGGAGAGGUAUGCCGAGGACCAUCUGGCCCACAGCGGAGGCCUGUACUUCCAGCCAGAUGGCAGGGUCGCUGCCCUCGUGUUGGCAUUCAAAACCACAUACCUCUACAGCUUCAACUUCAGCCGAACGAGUGUCUUCUACGGAGAAAUCCUCACGUGGUUUAACAGAGAAAUGUCAGGCGCUCCACAGGGCCUGCGGAACGGCUGGUUCAUCAGUCAGCUGUCUCUUUUUGAUCUACAACGAGCUUUAAGCUCGGAGACUCUCGUAGUAGCAGGAUUCUCAGUCGCUCUCACGUUUGCUUCGCUUCUCUUAACCACCUGGAAUGUUCUACUGAGCAUCUACGGGACUGUGGCUGUCGGAGGGAGUGUUUUUGUCACUAUCGGCCUCCUUGUUCUUCUCGAAUGGCAGCUGAGUGGCAUCGAGGCUCUGUUUAUAUCCGCAGCAGCAGGGCUGUCUGUGGACUUUGUCGCCAACUACUGCAUUUCCUACAGCUUGGCUCCUCAUUCAGAUAAAAUCGGCAAAGUAGCACACGCCACUAAAAUAAUGGGAUGUCCCGUAGCCAUCAUCUCCGGCGCAUUUUUCUCAAUGGGGAUCAUCAUGUUGCCUGCCACGGUUUUGCUUUUCAGAAAACUGGGUAUUUUCCUCUUUCUGGUGAAAUGUGUCGCGUGUGGAUUCGCAACCUUCUUUUUCCAGUCCCUGUGCUGCUUUUUCGGACCGCAGAAACACUGCGGAGAGAUCUUGCCGCCGUGUCUCUCGGGUCGCGGUGACGGCGCGCCGCCCCCUUGCUCGGGAGCAGAGCCCAGUUCCUCGUCGUCUAACGGGGCCUUCGGCAGAUCUCGAGCGAGGAGGAGUUACGAGAAGGAAGCAGCUGGCUAUCUCUACCCCGACCACCGACGUCAGCAGAGACAGAAACAGACCGGCGCAGGGGGAGGCGGGGGCCGGGGGCCGGAGCAGUACGAGCUGCAGCCAUUGGCCGACCGACUGAGCGACAGCUUUGAAAACAGCACUUGCACCAGCAAGCUGUCCAACCGGCCGUCUGUGCUGUCUGACGAGAUUGAUUACUGUGGGCGGGGCAUGGGCAGUCAUAGCAUAGGUGGGGACAGUGAGGAGAUGUGCAGUGGUCACCCUACCUGCCAACCGCCUGCGGCCCUUCAGCCUUCCUCUCCGUACCGAGGAAACAGCCUGCGGCCUGAAGACGUCGGGAACGACAGACUGCUGUGUCAAACAUGCAGAGGACAGUCCGGUGGGGCGAAGCACUGGAACAACACAUCCAUGUCCUCAUCCUCCAGCAUGGAGGACACCAUCAUCAGCCACACACUGGAGACCAUUGACCAGCCUUCUCACUGCAGAGACAACCACGCCGCAGAGGAGAGCCUCUAUCCCCACCCCCACUCGAAUAGAAAGCACCUGUCCUUGCUGUCUCAGAGCGCCGGUGAGGGUCUGGAGGACUUUUGUGAAACAUGCCUGAGUGACAUCGAACCGGGGCCUUCGAGUACGCAACCGAAUGAAGAUGAAGAGGAGGUCGACUUACAACCGGGACACUUGAACGGGAAGAGAGACACACUUCGCCUCUCGCUGAGAGAAACGGUUUACGAGACUUGUAACAAGGGCCGCUCCAGUCAGAGCGAAGACGUCGUGAUCUUACCCAACAGUAAGGCGGACCUGCCAGAUGUUUGGAUCAAGAGAGACGGCCAAGAGGACACAUGUUGAGCAAAGACGGCGGAAUCUUUGCAAACAAUGUGCAGACGUGGAGAAACGACAAAAGGAGUACACACUGUUACUUUUGAGUAAAACAUAAAGGGAAAAUAAGCCAGCCAAAUGUAACAUGCGAGCGCAUGUUUGUUUCAUGUUGCUGCCGGGGUUGUUACAGGGUCCGAUGGAGAGCGUCUCCUCAGCGGGAGGUCUCAUCAUGACUUGUAAAUAACUGCAUUUUUAGAAGGAAGACAAUGAAAUAUUAAGCUUUCUUUGAGAAGAAAAAUCAAGUUCUGCACCUGCUGCUGCUGCGGAGUUUACUUUGUGCCUGGAACUUUGGGAACAUCUGCAACGACUGGGGGUUGUAACAAAACACAGUGUCAAUGAGUCACACGCAUUCAUGGACUGAAGACAAUUUGGCUAAAUGUGAGAUAAACAGAGAAAGAGUUGCAUUGAGUAGCAAACUGUCAUUUAACCCUCCUGUUACCUUUACAUUUACUAACAUAUUUUACCCUCGGGGUCAAUUUGACCCCAGCAAUUAAAACCUCCAGAAGAUUAUUAGAAUUAAUAUUGUUUCCCAAGUUUAAGUGUGAGGUACUUUAUGUUUGUUUAUUGACUACCUAAAUAGCCCUUUAAAUAUAUAAAAAAGUUGAUUUCUUAUAUGUUUGACAGUGAAAAACAGCCUGGGGUCAAAUUGACCCCAAAGAACACCGACAUUAAACAUUGAAUGGGGUCAAAUUGACCCUAAAGGUAACAGGAGGGUGAACUAAAGUCAGUUGGUUUUGCACAUAAUGUGUACAGUAUGUCCUUUGUGACCAUUGCGUAGAAAGCCAGAGAGCUAUCGUUAGUAAUGUGCUAUUUGUAGUGGGCUGGCUUGAUUGCAUUCAGUGUUUCACUGGCAAAUUAGUCAGUUUGUUUAUUCAAGUGUCGGAGCCAAAUACAUUUAAUGUUUACUUACUGUACAAAAAACGGGUUUCUAAUGCAGAUAUAUCACCAAGUGGGUUCAUACACUGUUGGUGAAGUAAGCUGCGAGCUACCGCAGGAUUAAAGGGUGUGUCCUUUAAAAUAUAUAAAAUAAAUAGAUGUUUAUAUGGCCCUAAAGUAUAUUCAAAGAGGUGUUGGAGGUGCAGUGAUUGUGGCCAGGAGGAGACUUUUGUCCUUUGUGCCGAGCGAUGCCCUUGUAAGAAGAGUUUUCUUUUGACAUCUUGACUGUGUGAUCACAACACUGGUCCUUCACUGUAACUUUAUGUUUAGGUGUUCAUCACAGAUCACAAUUUC